AUGAGAAAAGUAUUACUCCCUACAGUGUUUUUCAUCGCGUAAUAUGCUGCUAUCCAAGUCAGCCAAGCUCUCUAGAAGAACAGAGCAGAGCUUUCAUGGAGACAAGAAGUUACUAACAAGUUUUCUUGGAAUGCAACAUAAGAACUCAAGUGGUCAGUGGUCAAUGCCUUCAUUGAUGUCUAAACUUCCCCUGAUGGUGAUGUUUACGCCAUUCAAAACAUUUCUUCAGAGAUGUCAACUCCCAAGUAUAGUGCCUACUUGUUUAAUACUACUUCCAAUAUAUGGGAGUUGGUAGCUAGAACUCCCCAAGUAAAGGCUGUCAGAUUCGACAGAUUAGGGAGCAUGUUCUAUCUCACUCCAGAUAAUUGCGUACUUACCUCAUAAAACAUAUCUUUAUUGUGCGGUGUUAAAGACUUUGAGGUCACUGUUGACAGAAAGAUCUUCGGGCUUAACGAUGGCUCAGGUAGACUUCCAACUGAUACUCUUGCAGGAUAGUGGAAGACAGCUUCAGGUGACAACUCCUAUUCCUAUAAGGCUCUCUCUGGAUUCAAAGGAUUAACACUGCUGAAAGAUCAACCCAUCUUUAUUGCAGAGGAUGGGUCAGUAGAUGCUUAGUAUGGAUCUGAAAAACUAGUGUCCAUCAGUGCAGGUAUAGACGGUUCCUUAUGGGCGCUUCAACAACAGAGUGAUGUCAAUGACUUCCAACUACUUAAGUGGCAGACCGUAGCCUAGAAAUGGUACAAGGUAAAUGGUGCCAAGGGUACAUGUCUCUCUGCUUAUAAUGAAAUCUCAGUCGCAAUCGUCGAUUCUAAAGGACUUUUGAGCCUUUCAUCACAGGCUGGCUUAUAAAUUAAGGCGAGAUAUGCAGAGGAUUUCAUUUCAACCAUGUCUAUUGAUGAUAUUAAUUGGCUGAAGUCCUCCAUUACAGGAAAGCAAUUCUCUAAACUCACUCUCUUAGAAACUGUAAAGCCUGGUUAAUUUACUGUGGAGGAAGUUAGGGAUUCAUUUGUAGGGAAAUCUAAUAUCUUUAUAAUCUAUUUUAACAACUUUAAAAAGGUAGUGGGGUUGUAUUUUGAAGAUCCUCUUGCUAAAGCUCCUGUUGACUCUUCUGAAACGACUAUCAACUUAAAAUCUAAAAUAGCUAUCUUACGUGUCACAGAUCGACAAAAAUUGAUUUAUGAGAAAUCUGAAGGCUAUGUGAAUCAAUAAUUGGUUGAAUCAUAGUCAACAAUUGUAGGUUACGACAAAGGAGAUAUAAAUAUUAAACUCAAUUGCGUAGGUUAAGGAUCACUAUCAGAAUUUGAAGGAGUUGAUGUAGUAUAAUUAUAAGAAAGUGAAGGGACUGCGAAUUCAAUAACUGGAUCUUCUACAUAAAGUUAAGCUUCAAAAAUGCACUGUCUUCGGAUUGAAAUCUUCCAGGGAGAAUGA